GUGCGUGAGCAAGCAGAAGCGCCGGAGCGUGCAACCUUGUCAACCGGGGCGGGCAAGCAUGGAGGAGGAGGGACGAAGAAGGAGGCCGUCCCGCCAUCGCCACAGCUCGCUGCUGACAGCUUGCCGGGCCGAAAAAGCGCCAGAAGAUGGCGGCUAUGGCGGCUAUGGUGGUGGUGGUGGACGUCGUCAGCCACAUGCCGCGUCAAGCAGAGGGCUUUCGUUUCUGCCGACACGUGGCAGCUCCCUGGGGAAAGCAGCAGCAGCAGGAGCGCAUUUCGCUCUCCUCGUCUCUCUCUUCCUCGUGUCGGGACCGGUCAUCUUCCCCAUCUCGCAUGCGCAGGGAGCCGCGUCGAUCGGGAUCCCGAUCCUCUCGUCGUUGGGAGCUUGGCCAGGGGCGACGGACACGGCCGAGGAGUUCGCGAGAUCGCUGAAGGAGGAGACGGGCGGCAGAGUGUUCAUCUCCAACAUCACCUACGGCCUUAUCCGUGACCAGGUGUUCCCGGCGGUGAGAGAGGGGCGAGCCAUCGGUCUGGGCCCGCCUGGGAACUACGCCAACCUCACGGGAGUCGAUCCGCGUACCAUUCAAUACCUCCAGAACGACGUACCUUUCGCGAUGUCCUUCCCACAGUUCGAGACCUUCCUCCGUCAGACCAACUUCUCCCGCUACUGGGACAAGUGUACGAGCCUUUCGGCAUCCGGCCGUACUAUGCAGGCACGGUGAGCGGCGCGCAGCUGGGCGGGUGGUUCGAGAAACCCAUUACCAAGCUCGGCGAUUUCCGAGGCCUGACCCUCCGCUACACCGGCAAUCCUAUCACCGCA